GCGCAAGCCUGCGCAGUCUCUCGGGAGUGCCCGUCGGGCCAAGCCGGCGGGUGCCAACGGUGUGGCGUUGCGUUGCGGCCGCUGCUGAUAACAACGGAGUGACCUCUUAUCUCUCCCAUCGCGUUUGGAUGUGACAUCCGCGAGCAAAAGCGCCGAAUUCAGCAUUGUCUGUGAAACGCUUUAAUCUGGAGCAGAUGGACGCAUGCUGACCAGAAUGACCUCACUAAGUACCAACCACGCGUUUUGCUUGGAGCGAGAUGACGACUCCGGCGAUCUGGAUGUGAACCUCAAUGGACCUGUUGGGGUUAAAAAUCGCUGGAGCUAUGCGCAGCUGCACGUUCAAUCCAUGGGCAUCGACUUAACCAGCCAGCCUAUGCUUGAGCAGCCAGAUGGUGACAAUAACUUACUCUCAGAGAAGGAGGUGGACGAAGCAGAACAACAGGGUCUGCCCGAAGGCUGGGAGCGCCACUUGGACGACGACGGGCCCUACUACUGGCACAUCCGCACAGGGACCAUCCAACGCGAGCGACCGCGAGAAGGCACUACUCGCUCUCUUCCAACACCCGAAAGUCGGCCACUUCUCCCACCACCACCGGAGCCACCAGCUACUCAGCCACAGGAGGACUGUGUAGCUGAUGGCAGCAACAGCAGCAGUGGCGAGGCAAUGCGUUUCGCCGUGCGUUCCCUUGGCUGGUCAGAGAUUCCCGAGAGUGAGCUGACUCCCGAGCGGUCAAGCCGUGCUCUGAACCGCUGCAUUGUCGACCUGUCACUCGGCCGAGGCCUCGAUGGUGUGGGCCGAUGGGGCGAGGGGCGGUCGCUGCUUCUGGAGCUGGAUGGCUUUCAGCUUCGCCUGCUGCGGCCCCAAGACGGCACCGUGCUGCACUGUCAGCCCCUGCAUGCCAUUCGAGUUUGGGGCGUUGGCAGGGACAAUGGCCGAGAGCGGGACUUUGCCUAUGUAGCCCGUGACAGUGGCACCCGGCGCUUCAUGUGCCAUGUCUUCCGAUGCGACAUGCCAGCACGCAUCAUUGCCAAUGCCCUGCGAGAUGUGUGCAAGAAGAUGGUGCUGGAGCGGAGCCUGUCAGAUCCAUCUGGUGACAAACGGGCGGCACCAACAGAGCCUCCAUCCAGGCGUGUGGGCUCUGCCCUGGACCGCCUCGCCAGCCUCUCAAUGGAGGACGGUGUGGAGGGGGGCCUCCUGCGGCCCAUGGAGGAGCCGCGCAAGGUGCUGCGGGCCCUGUACCUGGGCAGCAUGCCUGUGGCGGCAGCCUCCGGCAUCGACCUGCUCAACGGGGCCAUUGACACCCUGCUCGACCGCGUACCUCGCGCACACUGGCUGCCCGUACAGGUGGCAGUGGCCCCUUCGACAGUGACGGUGACAUUGGAUCCGGCAGGCGGCGGGCGUGGCCAAGUGCUGGCCGAGUGUCGUGUUCGGUUCCUCUCGUUCCUCGGCAUUGGCAAGGAAGUCACGAAUUGCGGGUUCAUCGUGCACACGGCCCAGGACCAAUUUGAGGCGCAUGUGCUUCAUUGCGAGCCAUCUGCGGGUGCACUGUGCAAGACUAUUGAGGCAGCAUGCAAACUUCGCUACCAGAAGUGCCUCGAUGCACACCGGCAAGCCAACAACUCUCCACCUCCCCAGCAGCAGCCCACCAAGGCACUAUCAUCACUCAAGGGAGUCCUGGGCAGCAUCGUGGGCCGCGCCAUGGGAGUCGUGCAACAAGUCUCCUGAAGCCCAGCUGCACUUGAAGACCAUUUUUGUUUUAGCUCCGAGUUGAGCGUUCACCGUUUCUUUUGGCCCAGUUGCCCGAGCAGGCAUGUGUCCUAGUGUGCUCGCUGUCUUGUGACAAAGGUUUUCUCUGUGCUGCUGGGUCGGCCUUUUGUAAAUUCAUUUAUUUUACGAUUCCUUUUUAAACGUGACAUCAAAGAUCGGGCAGCUAGCCGCAGUGCAGCUGUCAUGGCCGUUUGGCAUUGACGAGAGCGUGGGAGUUGACCGGGGCAGAAGGCAAUAGCAAUAUUGCACAGCUGGCGUAUGUAUUACUGUGGUGUCUCUUGUAGCUUUAGACGCUUUAUCAAAUGUUGAACUCGCAACGUGCACCGCCUUGCUUGUGGCUUUUGGCCGUACAGUCGUACUACGAUAUGCAAAAGACAAGCAUUCCAGAUCACGUGACUCUCGCAUCCAGGCAUGACAGCUGUCAAGGUCUUCAAUACAAGCUAGCACGCUGCCUGUGUGCAUCUAACUUAGGAUUGUUGCUGUCAAAAGCUGCACGCCGGGCUCGGGCUUAUCGUCUGUUAUACUUCCUCACAAAGUGUCGACAUACGUGACAUUGGGCUUAUGUGAUUCAGUCCUUUAUUUAUUCAUUUUUUUCUCACACCUCGGUGCCAUUGGGACCAGCUAACUCUUAGCUCGCUUCUUGGCAGUUGGCGAUUUUGUACCCUGCCUCCCAAUUUUUAUGCAAUGCUGUGGAAACUGUCGAGUGUGAUGUAGUCCUCCUUUUCUUUUUUUCCUGCGCCUUAACGUUUUGUAUUCAAAACUCUUGCCAGGCAUUUCUCAUACAGCGUACGGUAGGUUGUCUGUUGCAGUAGUGCCAGUCACUACUCAUCUGUAAAAUGGGAAGAUUGUUUAAUGCUGAACUACCAGACUAAACAGUUGGAUGUUGGAUGAACCCUGGGAUACUUCAAAAAUGUAUGUUUAAGCUGGGCGAUAUUUCAGCUGCAGAUUGUCGCUUAUGAUUUAUGACAACUUUUUCUACGUCAGAAGCUCCAAGAAAGUGGGUGAGGUUACCUCAGAGAUAUAAAAACACACAUAGCAUUGACUCAUGGUACACUUCCUUCGCGCCUUAUACCUUGGAUCAUGCGCUAGAACAUGCCUUCUUGUCCAACCUAGCUAAGCUAGAACUUUGAGAACGGCAGCUUCUGUAUUUUUACGAUGAUAGCCUUUGUAUACCUAAGUUAAACUUGUGUAUAAAGGCUCUGAGCACUGUUUCUGCAACAUUGCAUAGUUCUGCUGAGGCAAAGCUUAUUGUUUUGAAUGAGUGUUACAUUCUUGGUUUGUUUAAUUUCCCCAAAUUGGUAGGUGGGUACUUGUUUGUUACACAGUGCUGUUUGAUGGUGUGGAUUUUAAAAGGAUGCUAAACAGAAAAAAAAAUUGAAGUACAGCUCAAUUGAUGAAGUGAUACCAUGAAUUUAAAAAAUGCAUCAUUUUUGCCGAGGGCUGAGCGUGAAAAGAAAUAGAAAUCUGCGUGCAAAAAAGAAAAGAAACAGCAGUCUAUAGAGUUUGGAAAGGUAAAACCAUCUCCCAGUGAUGUGUCUGGUACAGGCAGUGGACUUGUAAAACCAGUGCACAAUUGUCAUAUAAGAAAAAGGAAGUUAUACUUCACAUCAAAAUGAAAGAUCAUGAAACUUGCCCGGUGGUGAUGUAAAUUAUCCUGGUGUGGUAAAUUUGGACGAAUGUCAUAAUUGCAACCCAAAUUAUGUGCUACUUUUAAGCAGGAAAGAAACCUGUUUCUCGAAAGCUAUCGGUGCAUCCAACACGGUAGCUCGCUGAUGUGUUCUUUUUCCAGCACUCUGUUGAGACACAUUUGGUCUACGUGGAUGGGGGCUCACUGUGCAAUAUACUUAAUAUGGCCUCAGAAAUGAUCACUGCUCAGUAGGAUUUUUGUAGGACCCAUUACUAAUAUCCAAUUUAACAAAUGUUAAGGAAGAGGUGUGCAACCGGCGUUUGUGAUUUCCUCCGGAAUAUGUUGUAGUUCCUGAGCACAAUGCUGACAUUGAGUGCUGGAGCUAACGUUGCGUUUCGGUCAUCCUGUUUCAGUCAUUAAAAAAGCAAAGCAACUUGCGGGCCAUGACCUACAGUUGCAACCAGAGUUAAUAUUCACCGUUGCUUUGGAGGAUCUUCACGCAUUGCAUAUGCCAGCCUUACGUUGCACCAUAGUUACUGAUAAGCCAUCGCUUACCUUGUAAGAGACAUCGAUGAGCUCAACAUGAUGAGGUCGUGCUUUUGAGCAUUGCACAAGUGUCUUGUUUGCCAUUUUGUUUAACUGAUUGAUAAAUUGAACGCCUAUGAUACACUGUACUCGUUGCAUGUACCAAGAGAAACUUGUACCUUGUCGUUGUCCAUUUAGAAAUACUGCGUCCACUCCUAGCCAUCUGCUUUUUUAUUUUUCGCUCAUUAGAGGCAGGAGCUUUUGUGUGUGUUUGCUUGAACAAACAUGUCUACAUAGCAGCUGACUCAGUCCGAACAGACAAGAAUCUAUUUUUUUCUUGGUCACACAUUGGCAGCUAUGUGCGCUCCUGAGCCUUUUUCUAGGAGAAUAAUUGUUUUGUCAUGAAAGUUCUUUUAAUUUUUAAUCUAUUGUACAGAAAGGUUCUUGUUGUCUGCAAGAAAGAAAAAAAGAAAGAAGGAAGAAAUAAAGCCUCUUUACAAGUGUGUA